AUGCUAAUCACAAGUAUCAAAGAUUUGCUGAACUCGCAAAUCAACUGCUCGUCGCCGCAUCACGAUCUCGUCGUUUAUCCAAAAUGGAUCGUCUUCUAUUCGGACGUCAAUUAUAAGAAGCCGUGCUUCGUCAAGUUCUUCAUUCAAAAUCGCGAUCGAUUUCCCGUCGUCUACACGAUCAAAUCAAAGCAAAAACUCUUCAAAAUAAUGGAUAGCAGUUGCGGAAUUCUUCAGCCCGGCGAGAAGAAGACGUUCAAACUUUACCUUCUCGCCGCUGAUGAUUGGCCUCUGGGCGUCAAUGACUACGUUCACAAACAUCUGAAGCUGGCGAUCGAGAAUCUCCGCAUCCCCUACAACAUCAAACCAGAGAAUAAGCUUGAGAGUCAGACGAUCGCCAAAAAUAUUUGGAAACGCUCAAUAACUGAAUGGCCGAUGGAGAGGAUGUACACAAAAAUAAGUGUAAUGCUCGAAAAAUGCGAAUGA